CGCGGCAGCCCUGUGAUGGCGGCGGCGGUGGGGUGCUCGCAGUCGCGGCGCCUGGGGGCACCGGGGGGGCUGUGCUGCUCCUAAUCGGCGUCGGGCCCCUGCGCCAUGGGGAGGAGCCGCGGCUGGCGGCUGGCCUGAGGCGGCGGUGGCGGCGACAGCGGAGGGCGCGGCAUUGCCAAGGGAGCCCCGCCGCGGGGGCCGCGACCUGUGCCUCUGGGGAUGUUGCGGUGGGUCCGCCAGCAGCUGGGUUUUGACCCACCGCAUCAAAGCGAUACAAGAACUAUUUAUAUAGCUAAUCGUUUUCCCCAGCAUGGCCAUUAUGUUCCUCAGAAGUUUGUGGACAACAGAAUUGUAUCAUCCAAGUAUACGGUGUGGAAUUUUGUUCCAAAAAACUUAUUUGAGCAGUUCAGAAGAGUAGCUAACUUUUAUUUUCUGAUUAUAUUUUUGGUUCAGCUCAUGAUAGAUACCCCUACCAGUCCUAUUACCAGUGGAUUGCCAUUAUUCUUUGUCAUAACUGUGACAGCCAUAAAACAGGGUUAUGAAGACUGGUUACGGCACAAAGCGGACAAUGAAGUGAAUGGUGCUCCAGUUUAUGUUGUUCGAAGUGGUGGCCUUGUGAAAACUAGAUCUAAAAACAUUCGGGUGGGGGACAUUGUCAGAGUAGCCAAAGAUGAGACUUUUCCUGUUGAUCUGGUGCUUCUGUCAUCUGAUCGAGGGGACGGUUCAUGCCAUGUUACUACUGCAAGUUUGGAUGGAGAGACCAAUCUUAAGACACAUGUUGCAGUCCCAGAAACAGCAGUGUUACAGUCUGUUGCCAACCUGGACAAACUUGUAGCUGUUAUAGAAUGUCAGCAGCCAGAAGCGGAUCUAUACAGGUUUGUUGGAAGAAUAACUAUAAGUCAACAAACUGAAGAAAUUGUAAGACCUCUUGGGCCUGAAAGUCUCUUACUUCGUGGAGCAAGAUUAAAGAACACUAAAGAAAUAUUUGGUGUUGCAGUGUAUACAGGUAUGGAGACAAAGAUGGCAUUAAAUUACAAGAGUAAAUCUCAGAAACGGUCAGCAGUAGAAAAGUCCAUGAAUUCCUUUUUGAUUAUUUAUCUAAUAAUCCUCCUCUUUGAAGCCAUUCUGAGCACUAUUUUAAAGUAUGCAUGGCAAGCUGAAGAAAAAUGGGAUGAACCUUGGUAUAAUGAAAAAACGGAGCAUGAAAGAAACAGCAGUAAGAUUCUUAGAUUUAUUUCAGAUUUUCUUGCUUUUCUGGUACUUUACAAUUUUAUCAUACCUAUUUCACUUUAUGUGACUGUUGAGAUGCAGAAAUUUCUUGGAUCUUUUUUUAUUGGCUGGGAUCUUGACCUCUAUCAUGAAGAAACAAACCAGAGAGCACAAGUAAAUACUUCAGACCUCAAUGAGGAAUUGGGACAGGUAGAGUAUGUGUUUACAGACAAAACCGGUACCUUAACUGAAAAUGAGAUGCAGUUUCGGGAGUGCUCCAUUAAUGGCAUAAAGUACCAAGAGGUCAAUGGUAAACUAACUCCAGAGGGGUUUUCUGAAGAUUCACCAGAUGGAAAUAUACAUAGUUUGAUGAAAGAGGAGGAGCUCUUCUUGAAAGCGGUUUGUCUUUGUCAUACAGUUCAGAUCAAUGCAGAUCAGACAGAUGGUGCUGAUGGCCCCUGGCAUGCCGAUGGAAUAGCAUCUCCAUUGGAGUAUUAUGCUUCUUCACCAGAUGAGAAAGCUUUAGUUGAAGCUGCAAGCCGGGUUGGAGUUGUAUUUACUGGAACUACUGGGGACAGUAUGGAAGUAAAAAGUCUUGGAAAACCAGAAAGGUAUAAAUUACUUCAUGUUUUGGAGUUUGAUCCAAAUCGCAGACGAAUGAGUGUCAUUGUAGAGAGCCCCUCAGGGGAAAAGCUUUUAUUCACAAAAGGAGCAGAAUCUUCCAUUCUUCCUCGUAGUAAGAGUGGAGAAAUAGACAAAACAAGGAUACAUGUGGAUGAAUUUGCUUUGAAAGGGCUAAGAACUUUGUGUGUAGCCUACAGAAGAUUCACACCUGAAGAGUAUCAAGAAAUUGGCAAACGGCUCCAUGAGGCUAGGACUGCCUUACAACAACGGGAAGAAAGAUUAGCAGAUGUAUUCAACUUCAUAGAAAGGGAUCUGGAAUUACUUGGGGCUACAGGAGUAGAAGACAAACUGCAAGAUAAAGUCCAAGAAACUAUAGAAGCACUCAGGUUGGCUGGUAUCAAAGUGUGGGUACUCACUGGAGAUAAGCAUGAAACAGCUGUUAGUGUCAGCUUAUCAUGUGGACACUUUCAUAGAACCAUGAACAUCCUUGAGCUUGUGCAACACAAGUCAGACAGUACAUGCGCAGAACAACUGAGGCAGCUAGCCAAGAGAAUAAAAGAAGACCAUGUUAUCCAGCAUGGACUUGUUGUGGAUGGGACCAGCCUCUCUCUUGCACUCAGGGAACAUGAAAAACUGUUCAUGGAAGUUUGCAAAAACUGUUCUGCAGUGUUGUGCUGUCGCAUGGCACCCCUUCAGAAAGCAAAAGUAGUGCGACUGUUAAAAACAUCCCCAGAGAAACCUAUAACAUUAGCGAUUGGUGAUGGUGCUAAUGAUGUGAGCAUGAUACAAGAAGCACAUGUUGGCAUAGGAAUUAUGGGCAAGGAAGGAAGACAAGCUGUAAGAAACAGUGACUAUGCAAUAGCACGGUUUAAAUUCCUCUCCAAGUUGCUUUUUGUUCAUGGACACUUUUACUAUAUUAGAAUAGCAACCCUUGUACAGUACUUUUUUUAUAAGAAUGUGUGCUUUAUUACGCCACAAUUUUUGUAUCAGUUCUUCUGUUUGUUUUCACAACAGACACUCUAUGACAGUGUAUACCUGACUUUGUACAAUAUUUGUUUCACUUCCUUGCCUGUCCUCAUAUACAGUCUUUUUGAACAGCAUGUGCAUCCGCAUGUAUUACAGAGUAAACCUGUGCUCUAUCGAGAUAUCAGUAAAAAUGCCCAGCUGGGAUUUAAACCAUUUCUUUACUGGACCAUCUUGGGCUUCUUCCAUGCAUUUGUUUUCUUUUAUGGCUCGUAUCUUCUAAUGGGAGAAGAUACUUCUCUACUGGGAAAUGGCCAGAUGUUUGGAAACUGGACAUUUGGUACUUUGGUCUUCACUGUUAUGGUUAUAACUGUUACAAUGAAGAUGGCACUAGAAACUCACUUCUGGACAUGGAUUAACCAUUUUGUUACUUGGGGAUCCAUUGUAUUUUAUUUCAUAUUCUCCUUGUUUUAUGGGGGAAUAAUCUGGCCAUUUUUACAUACACAGGACAUGUACUUCGUAUUUGUUCAACUGUUGUCAAGUGGUUCUGCUUGGUUUGCCAUAAUCGUCAUAGUAGUUGCUUGUUUGUUUAUUGAUGUUGUGAAGAAAGUGCUGUACAGACAUCUACAACCAACAAGUACUGAGAAAGCUCAGAUGUACUCCAACAGAGUUGCUUUAAGUGACGAAUUCAUCGCACUGCAGCCAUUGUCCAGGGCAAGGAAUCAGCUGAGCAAAAUUAGCUUACUGAGGCAGGUUCAGGUAUCAACUGCUUGGACUCCAUGUGCUGCUUCUCAGAUGGGGAAACAGCAUGCACAUCUAUUAGAAGAAUGCUGGAACGACUAAUGGGAAGAUGUAGUCCAACCCGGGUCAACAGAUCAUGGAGUUCAUCGGAUCCCUUCUAUGCCAACGACAGAAGCAUCUUGACUCUCUCCACAAUGGACUCAGCCACAUGUUAACCAGGGCAUUUGUAAAUGCCUUGUGGAAGCUCACACACCUAUAGUAGGUUCUGAAGCGAGUUCAGUGCUACAUCCCUGUCCUAGGAAAUACUAGUAUCACUGCUAAAUGCAAACUGUGGCUUGUCUUGUGGCCUAGUGUAAGUCAUCUGGACAGUAAUCACUCCCAGGAUUUUUUUUCCAAUUAUAUCCACAAAUUGCUAACUAUAUAUGUAUAUCUCAACAUAUAUAUAUAUAUUUUUUUUUAAGGAACACUUUUGCUUCUGACCAUUUAAUCUUUUUUGUUACUGUAUGAGCAGAUUGGAAUCCUGCAUUUGAUACUUCAGACAUCGCUGUAGCACAAAAACAGUGAUCCAAUAGAACUGAAUUUGCACAAUUAAACUUUAAAGUUUCAUUUUUCAUGAUGACCCUUCAUUCAAACACACAUUCACUUUGACUUGUCUCUUACAGAUGCUGCCUUAGCAGUUUGCAGGUCAAUUUUGUUAUUUCCAUGGAUGGUUAGUGUGUUCUGUAAGCAAUCUGUUUAGUAAUUUUUGAGAGUUAAAUACAAUUCAGAUAUUUAUGCUGAUUGCUGGUGUACAAAUUGCAGUGGAAAUAUAUAGGGAUAGAGGGCUUUGAUAAAACACUGUUAACUUUGACAAAUCAAUAAUUUGGAAUAAUAAGGGAUAUAACAGGUAAAUGUUUUCUUAAAGUAUAAUUCUGAAGCCAGUCAUCUUCUUAUGCCCUGUGUGUUUUGUUAACAAUUCUUGAUCCUUACAUGGGGAAAAAAGCAUGUAAGGAUCAGUGGAUUGUGC